AUGCCAGCCCCAUACAACACCAACUCCACAGCCGCCGAGCUAGUCCCCGACUUCAGUCCUCUCAUCAAAGACAAAGUGGUCUUGACGACAGGCGUGUCCCCAGGCUCACUUGGUGGCACCUUCGUGCUGUCCAUUGCCCAAGCCAAGCCAUCGUGUUUUAUCCUGGCCGGUCGUAACACAGAAAAACUGGAACAAUGCGCCGCAGAGAUCACGGCCGAAACCCACGGUAUUGACAUUCGUCUCCUGCAACUGGACCUGGGCUCCCUUCAAAAUGUGCGUAAUGCUGCAGCCCAGGUUAACGGCUGGACGGAAUUUCCCGCUAUCGAUGUGCUGGUCAAUAAUGCGGGCAUCAUGGCCGUGGAAUAUGGAGUCUCGGUGGAUGGAUUCGAGUCCCAUCUCGCAACGAACCAUCUGGGGCCAUUCCUGUUUACGAAUCUGAUUAUGCCAAAGAUCCUCAUGUCGAAGGCCCCGAGAGUGGUUAUGGUAGCCAGUGAUGCGCACCGCUUGAGCCCUAUCCGCUUCGACGACAGUAACUUUGAUGAAGGCAAAACUUACAAUAAAUGGUUUGCCUACGGCCAAAGCAAGACUGCCAACAUGUUGAUGGCGCUCUCGUUAGCCACCAAGCUGGACGUCAAACACGGCCUUCUCGCAUUCAGCCUGCACCCGGGUGUGGUCUUCACCAAUAUUGACCGCUAUGUGGAUUGGAGUGUUGACAUGGAGGGGCUUCGGUCAAUCGAUAGAUUGCUGGGUAACCGGGAAGGUUGGAAAGACUUUAACCCCAAAUCCUUGGAGCAAGGUGCUGCGACUCAUGUUUAUGCCGCAUUUGACCCAGCCCUGAAAGCGAACAACGGUGCCUAUCUUAUUGAAUCGCACGUUGCUGAUCCUCUCAGCGAUACGGUCAAGCCGUGGGCAACGAGCAGCCUUGAAGCGGAGAGAUUGUGGAAGCUAAGUGAAGAGCUGGUGGGCGAGAAGUUCUUGUAUUAG